AGUAAACUCUUACCAAUACUUGCAUUACUUUGCCAGUUGUUGGUCUCAUCCAUUUUUCAAUGUAAAUAUAAUGAUUUCCCAUUAUUGUUAUCUUGGACCUUUUUACCUUUUCAUAUUUCCCAAUCAUUUCUCAUUGCUGUAUAUCUGAUGUGUGUAGUUUUCUUUCAUAUUUGCUUUCAUGAUAACCAAACCGGGAUAGAGAAUUCAACGAAAAUUUCUGUAAGUGUAAAUGGCUAAUGUUAAUUGUGUAAUUAUUUUUUAGGUUUUCCAAAUGUGUCAUCACGAGCUGAUCUUGUAUAUAGGGUUGAGGAUUUUCCAGGCCAGGCAUUCACUAUACGUAUGGCUACUUAUAUGAAGGAACUAAAGCCAAACAUGAAACAGUGUUGUAACAAGCGUGGCUGGGAAGGAUGGUUGGAGCUGGGUCGAUGGGAGAGAGAGAUGGUGGUGCCAGAUGUGUCACGUGUAUUACGGCGUCCACUGGGGUCUGAUCUUGAGCCAGUUACACCAUUGAUUCAUGCCCUCUUUCACCGUCUACGUGCUACCAAUUUAGAGAUGACAUCACCACUCAGUAAUGCAGACACCCUGACCUCUGACCGAUACGAAAGCCACCUGCUGGAGUUAUUAAAUUCCAGUCAUGCCCAUGUGAUCUCACUCACCAAGGAAGACAUUAAUGCCUGUGCAUUAAAUGAAUCCACUACCAAUUUGAAGCUAGUCUUUGAUGACAAGCAGUCAGUUUACGUUGUACCCUACAUGGAGCUGGACAUGACAGGAUUCGGUGGCAUGAAGAUUCUAUGUCGAUGUUUUGGACUCUUCUAUGACGAUCAUUCCUCACCACGAGGACUGCACCGAGGGCUGUUACGGUUCAGUAUGGAAGGAAAUGAAGUAAUUUUUCUAAGCAAUAGAAACCAACACUUUGCAAUGUCACCCUACAAUACAACCACACUCAGUCUGCCGUAAAUAAUUCAAGUUAUCCUGCGAUAAAUUGGUAGCGGGAAAUAUGGUGCCUGUAUUCUGAGGGAAGAAUAGGGAUGUUGAAAUUCAAUGGAUUAUUUGAAUUGUGAUGUCUCUACACCUGGAACUAGAGCUAGGGAAUGAGUUAUGGUGAAUGUGAUUAUUUUUUUGGUAUUAUCCUUCCUUAGUGGGAUAUGGUAGCUAUUAAAUAAAAUGAUACUACAGUAUUAAUGCACAAGAUUCCAUCUUUUCUUUUUUUCUAAUUGUGUUAAUAACUAAAUUGCACUUUAUAGUAUUAAGAAUUCCUAUUUGUGAUUAAUAGAGGAGCAUAAAAGUUGCCCCAUUAAAGGCAGAGUUCAUAACUGUUAUUAUAAGUUCUGUGUACUGAAUGAGAGAUGAUGUUCAUUAAUAUGACUUUUUAGUGUAGAUGGUUGUUCUUUGAUUAUUGCUUGAUGUGCUUUAUGAUCAACAACCUUAUCAUUUUUUUAAGAAUUAAAUUUUUCUCUCAUCUCAAUUUUAUUCUGAUAAUUUAAUGUGAAAUAAGAUUUAUUAUAAAGAAGUAUCAGUUUAACAAUUUGGUAGCUUAACUCAAAUAAUGACACUACUAAAUAGGCUGUAAAAUAUUGGUAAUGCAUAGGACUUCAAUCUUCAUUAGUUUUAAGUUAGCAACCACACACAGCUGGAUACAGCAAGUCCUUGCUUACAGUCAUUUCAUCAUGACAUUGAUGAGAAAAAAAAAAUAUAUUCAAAGCCAGGGCCCACUGUCUGUGUGGAGUUUGCAGAUUCUCCCCAUGUCUCAUGGGUUUUUCUCCGGGUACUCCAGUUUCUUUACACAUCCCAAAGAUGUGCAUGUUAGGUUAAUUAGAAUGUCUAAAUUGUCCCAGUAUGAGUGAGUGGGUGUGUGAGAGUGCCCCUUGCCAUAUUUGUUAUUGAACUGUGGUGGUAGAAGGUGCUCCUUACAGUAUUUGCUUUGCAAACAUUUAUUCCUUGAUUUAACCCUGUUGCAAUGAGUGUUAAAGGUGCACUGUGCACCCCUCAGUUAGCAUGUGGUAAAAUUGGUUUUGUUAAACAUCAUUUCACUUAAAGUUGCAGUUUCCAAGAACCUAUCAGUGACGUUAAGCAAGGGUACUGUAUAUGAAAUUGUUCCUGCUGUUACUAGCACUCCAGAACUGUAUAUCUAACUUGCACUUACCAGAGGUCAUCAAGUUUAAUGAUUUUUAAUAUUGCUAAAGGAUUAUUUUUGUAGCAUUGCUGUGCACAGUAUACCGGUACCUCUGAAUCAAAGGUUUUAAUACUGCAUACUUAGGUUUUCAAGGAACCAGUUUAUGAAGACAGAUGUUCAUUAAAUUUGCAAAAAAAUUAGGUUUGUAACUCUACAUCACUAAUUAUAACUUCAUUGCAAUUAAGGUUUGAUGAUGUGUACAGUUUUACUUUAUUAAGUCAUAAACUAUAAAUCUAUUUUAUAUGAUUAAACUGUAAAAUCUAGAGUGAAUUUACGUACAGUAUUUAUCAAAAUAAAUAUUUAUUAUGCACAA